UUGAUUCCAUAAAUGACUGUGAUUACUGUACGUUUCCAACUGUGAACAUGGACCUGGGUGGAGGAGACCUAGGGCCAUCAAAGCAGCCUGAUGAGGCCACUGCUGAGAGUGAGGAAGCAAAGAUAAAAAACGAGAAAGAAAAUAGGAAGAAGAGCGAGAAAGAGGAGGUGAAAAACGAGAAGGAAAUUAGGAAGAAGAGCGAGAAAGAGAAGGUGAAAGACGAGAAGGAAAAUAGGAAGGAGAAGAAGUCAGGAGGCUGGCGUGCCACCCUCUUGAAAUGCUUUGUGUGUGGAGGUGGAGGAGAUAGCCAGGACGAGUGGGAGAUGUCAGCGGAGGAGAGGCUGAGGAUUCAGGAGAGGAUCCGGAGAGCUAGGGAGGCCGACCUGCAGAGGUCCCUCAAGAUGCGCGAGGACAACCUGAUGCGCAAAGAGAAAUUCAAGCGCAUCCUGAGGGCCAGGAAGUUGACAGAGGCCAACAAGGAGUGGAGCGCUCUUCCCGCGAGGCCGGAGGAGGAGGCCGAACGGAAGGUGACUUUCCUGGAAGUCGAUGCCUGCGAUGUCUGGUUUUACCAGGAAGAGGCCAACCCCAGGCUGGGUCAGGUGUGGAGGAAGGUACUCUGCGAGAUCAAAGACAACAAGAUGGCACGAGACCUCCAGGCAAAGUGGCCAAGGAAGAAGAAACAGCUUAUGAAGAGGGAGGAAAAGCAGGUCAUCAUCGCGCCUAAAAAGCAGGAGGAGGAAAUGGAUCUCUGUGAUGCUUUGACUGGCUACAUCUUGUGCCUGGGCUUUGGAGCACUACUGUGCUUAUGGCUCAGCCACCUGCUGUGAAAUAGCAAAGAACAUGGGGACGGGGAUGGGACGGGGUGGAAAGAUGGGGUACAAUUGGCUUGAAGAAAAAGGAAAGAAAUUACACGUAUACUACACACAGGGGAGAAUGAAAAUGAAGAAUGGGAAGACAUAUUGGACAAAAUGUAAAAAAAAAAAAAAUGUAUUUUUGGAACACAUUGGAGGAGUAAGAGAGGGUGGAAGAGGAGAGAGAGGACGAUUGAGGAACAGAGAAAAGAAGUGGAAGAAAGAAAAAUAGAUGAAUGUGGCAAUACCAUAAGAGAGAAAAAGAGACUGAGAGGGCUGAGUACUGCAUAGCUCUGCCAUAGACCUGCCCUUGCCUGGCCUGGUGGUGUGAAGACACACCAAGAGCAAUCAGAUAUGGCAACCUGACCCCCUGGCCAGUUACAGAUGCAUGCAAUAUUAAGUGUUUGCCGCCACCCUAAAGUGACUUAAAACAGACACACAAGCAGACGGACAGACAGAUAGGAAGAUAGACAGACAGGCAUGGUAAUACCUGGCCCAAUCCCUUUCCAGAUUGCCAGGUAAGUAGGUACAAGAAAAAAAAUGACACAACUGCAGGAUUGUAUCAAAGACACAUAAUCGGGAUUUGUUUGCUGGCCAAGUGACCUUGAGAAAAGUGCAGAUGAUGCACAGGGUGCACAUGUGACCAAGGUGUUCCCGCACAGUUUGUCCCCCUCGGACCGUGAACUCACCACCUCAUCAACGCAUCGAUUCGGCAAUGGGAGGCGCAGUGCGAGACCGCUGAAGCUAAAGGCCCGGUCCAAUAGCCCAACGUUACCGCACUGUAUUGAGGCUUUCAGGAGGGAGGUUUACUAACGUUCCACACCACACUCUUCUAGUUGGCCUCCGUUACACUCUCCCCCUUAAACCUCACUCCCAUCUGGGUCAGGGCACCACUGUGACCGAGGUGUUCCCGUGCACUCAACACCUAAUGGCACAAUGGAUAGUACCACCAUCUCGUCCUGUGAUUUAUGAAUCUGAAUAUCUGGAAGCAUCCAGUGACUGCAGAGAAAGGUCAGCUGACAACAUGGGAAAGACCGUGUGACGGCAUGGAGAGACAGCUGACUGGAGGGAAUAGACCCCACUGGGGCUGCCAUGGGCCAGCUACCCAUGGCGGCAGGCUCUGACGGUUAUUACAGUUGCUGGAGCCACCCGCCAAAUGCUAUGGAAAGUGAACAAAGAAAGAUACCCCUGGAGCCUGCGAGAGCGGGGGCGCAAGAUGGCUCAAUGACUGAUAACACGGCUACAGACCUAGGAAAGGAAAGGACUAUGAUUACGAAUAGGACACAUGAGGCAACCACAGCAGCAGCAGGACACACACUCCAAGUUUGCACCUAUGGAUGGACGAAGGUAACAUCAUGGAGACCGGCCAUGGAGAGGAAGACCAAGGGGCACAAACCAAGAGUGAGGUGGCCUAAAGCUGCAGAAAAGAGAGUGGGAAACAGUCAAUCACGACCUGGUUAACAUCUUGAGGCAACAAAACUGGAGAGAAUAGUUCAGCGGACAAGAUCAGCAUCAGCCCAGGGGCCGAAUGGCGUGCCAUACAAGUUCUACAAGAACUCCCCGGAUGUUCUCCGCUAUCUUUGGGAACUGAUGAGAGUAGUGUGGCAAAAAGGGAUAAUCCCCUAGGUGUGGCGAAGGGUUGGAGGUGUACUCAUACCUAAAGAGUAUGGGGUCAGUUCCAAGUCUGACUCAGGGGAGUGGACGCACCUGCCGUGCAUAGUCCCUUGUACUUGUAAUUGGCCAUGGGACACAAGCUGGGGCUUGAUCACCCUGCACCUGGCCACCUUUGAUGAGAGUGUCUAGUGUCGAAAGGCCGAAACACCCCCUGAUUCAAAGGCACACUAACGAUGUGUCCUGAAUUGACAAGGUACAACGUCCCCUCGCCUCUCUCACCAUCAAGGAAACUCAAGUGACUCAACACCUAAUGGCACAAUGGAGAGUAACACCAUCUCGUCCUGUGUUUUAUAAAUCUGGAAAGGACUGCUAGAGGGUGCCAAAGAAGCAGAAUAUGGGUGACGCUUGCCGGUUUGAUGACCGGAAGACAACUGCAGAUCAUGCGCAGGUUGAACAACAAGAGUUGGUGGUCGAGGGACAGAUAUAAGCAUGAGAAGGAGAGAAGAGAAGCAGGAUCGGCAACAGGAAAGUGCAGAGGACAGAUAAAAUGAAAGAAAGAAGUGCUGAAAAAUAAGCACUGGAAAGGACCAAGAUAGGACAAGCAUUGCUAGUGACCAGCUGGCCAUCUCAGAGUUCCCCUGUUCUCACCUGGACCCCUUAUGGAGCGCACAUGAACCUCCAUUACAGAAAUCAGGGCUGCUGACAGCUUUGGCUGGGACCGGGAUAGUCACCAAAAGCCCCCUCGAUUGAGUCCCUGACUGAUAUGAUAGGCCUAAAUAAAGAGAGCAUCAUUCAUGAAAUG